AUGACUUGCUCUCCUAGCUAUCACUAGGACACACUGAAGACACUAACAUUAAGAACUGGAAUGAGAUUAAGUUUCAACAUCACAUGCCUUCUUGCAGAACUUAAGCUGCUGGGUUCUCAACAAACCAUCGGUACUAUUCAUUAUAAAUUAACUUUGAUCAGAAUCUAUGUAUUGGGAGGAGAAGAUGGUGGCGGUAUGAUUUAUACACUAUUUUUAACCGUUGUCAUAGAUAAAAUAGCCAGACAUACAAUGACUUUUAUCAAGUCAUAAAGCCAAAAAUCUGUCAUUGUCAUUGGUGGACAGAGAGGAUUCUAAAGCAAUGAGCGAAAGUUCGAGUUAUUGCAGAUGCAAAAUGAGAGAGCUGUUUCCCAAUCUUCUAAGAAAAUUCCUUAUAAAAUCCCAAGUUUUUGCUUCAAACUGGAGUUAAACGAAGUGAACAGACUAUAUCCAGUUCAAAUCGAAUUGAAUCAGAGUCAGUUAAUCUACAAAGUUAAUGAGAUUGAUUCACAUACAGCAAAUCUAUUACAACAAUUCAAUCAAAUAGUGUUAUUCGGAGGGUAUCUCAAUUCAGCUACUCUGAGCAGUAUAGUACUUUCGAUUGAUCUAGAUAAUAAUGUCCUAACUUAAAUAGAUGCAAGAGGUAAGGGCCCUUAACCUAGAUGUGAGCACUCUUCUUGCUACAUUGAAAAUGAAAAUAGUAUUUUAUACUUUGGAGGAAAAACAGGACAUCUCGGAGAUAGACUUAACGAUCUUUGGAUGUUGAAUUUAAACUAAAACACAUGGAUUGAAAUUAGAUGCCCAAUUAAUGUAAAUGUCUGGCCUUGCGCAAGAUCUGGACAAGGAAUGAUAUACUUUGAAGAAGGUCUAGUAUUUCUAUUUGGAGGAAGAGGUAAUGAUUCAGUGAUCUAGGAGUUAAAUGAUCUGUGGACUUUUAAUGUUAAAACUAAAGAUUGGAUUUAACAGCAUGCGUUUUCUAAUCCCUAAGAUAGUGCCUUUGACUCACCUGUGUCUGAAAUUAGACUGACUAGAAUGAUCAGGAACCUCAAACACGAUUACCAAAGUCCCCUUAGAAGACCUACACUUCGACAUUAGAUUACCCGACAAGAUACAAGUUAGUAUAGAAUUGGAAAUAUUAUUAAGUUGUAGAGCACUGAUUCUAACUAAUUACAGUUCAACCAGUCAAAAUAGAUAAACUAAUCGAUCAUGGAUGAGUCAAUUAUAACAAGCAAUUAACAAACAUUUUAAAGACUCCCCAUUGAGGAGAACAUUAUCACUAUGAAGAAAGUUCAAACUCCAAAAGAUUUCACUGUCCAUCAAAUAAAGAAGAAAAAAAGGUAGUUGUCGGAUGACAAAUAAAACUCAAGUGCUAAAACUUCUAUUAACUUCUUUGACCGAAGUAAGUCCAAGUUUGAUGACCUCAAGAACUUUCCAGAGUAUUUUGUAAAUAGAAUAGAGGAAAUGAAACAGAUAAAACUUAAAAAGUCCUCUCAAUCAUAGUCUGUCCACACUGCUUAUUAGGGAUCUAGGAAAGACAACGCAUUUAAAGAUUAGCUAUAAAUGAUAAAUGAAAAUCCCUAUUUUAAUUACGUUGACUAUCUCGAGAGAACUAAGAAUAGCAGUCAGUUUUAUGCUAAAGAACAUGAAAAAUUCUAGAGCCAAUUUAAACUAGACUUACCAAAGAUUAAAAAUAAUUAAAACUCUAAUCUUGGAGUGGAGUCAGUCAAGACAAGCCAUUUAAACUUCCUAACUAAUAAAAAGCAGCAGCAUUAGAUAAUGAUGAAGAUAAGAAUGAGCACUCCUAAUCCAAAUGUAUCUUGGGAUUCGAGAGACGCUUUGUCUUUCAGAUCGAAGACUGAGAUGAUGAUUAAUAAGGAAUAGUAUGAGAAGAAGCUCAGUAAGAUGAGAGUCAGCCAUUCUAAGAUCAAACUCAAUCAAGCUAUGAAAAGCAACAAUUAAGCAGAAAUGGAGUUAAUAAAGAAAAGAUCACCGAGGAAAUAUGAGCUAGUUCGAGACGACGAUGAUCUAUCUCCAGUGUCAUCAAAUAUGAAAAAUACAUUCAUUUGCCAAGUUAAGGAAUUAGGAAGACUUAACAAGCACAACAAGCCAUCCAUUGAUAUUCAAAAAGAGGGCUGCAAAAUUUUGGGUUCUAGACCUUGUCAGAGAGACGGUUUCGUCUUCUUAGUUUUGAAGGAUGAAUGGAAUGACAAGUACUUAGUUGUAUUUGGAGGAGAUAGAUUCAAGAGAGCUUUCAAUGAUCUUUUCAUUUAUAAAUUGAAAUGA